AUGUCGGAAGCCUGCGCUGCGCAGGUUGAUUCUGACAAGGAGACUCGGGCACGCGUCGCUACGACGGAGCAGGUCAGCGAUGUGCUCCUUGACUUCGGAGAAGCGACCAUGCUUGCGAGCUCUGUGCUGCUUCGUCUAGCCUCUCCAGUGUUCAACCGCAUGCUUGCGAGUGGCAUGAAGGUGGACGUGGCAGUGGCGACCAAGACGCAGUUUCAGGUUUUCUAUGCCUUACUCGGACCUGGUGCGUUUAGCUUCGACAAGGUGACGAAGGACAGCAUUGACGGGCUACUUUCCAUCAGUGACUACUAUCAAGUGGACUUCGUGAAGGAAGCCUGCAUAAAGAAGCUUGAUGAACUUCCGGUCACAGCCCAUCGCUUCAUGCAAGCACACAAGCAUGGCCUUAAGAGGCAACGCGACAGAUGCCUUCAUGAACUGGCUAGGGCUGGCGAGGAAAGGGAGUUGGUGUUGCUCCACUCGGCCAACGCAGAUCUCCUGCUGGAAGUGACGCUGAAGAAGCGCAAACUCUUCGAGAGGUACGAACACAAGGUUCCUUCGCAUCAGUAA